AUGCGGAACGAGCAUACGCCGCGUGGGAGGUACACCCGGCGCCUGUUCCUGUCCGCCGGCCUGGCCCUGGCCCUCUACGCCUGGGCCGCGCGCGCCGACCUGGCGGCCCGCUUCGCCGCCGAGGACAGGCUGCUGUCCUCCGUGGCCCCCCCUCCCCCACCCGGCGACGCCUGGCCGCUGCUCGGCCCCCGCCUGCAGCCCGCCAUGCCCGCCGCCCGCAACGGCACGCUGGUCCUCUACGUCUACCACCACACGCGGGGACCAGAGCACGCCGCGCGCGCCGCGUUGUUUGUCCGCGCCGCGCUCCAGGACGGCGACGGCGUGGCGGCGCGCCUGCUGGUGCCGCGCGGCACGCGCCACCUGCUGGCCCCGCGCCUGGCCCCCCUGCCUCGCAACGCCAGCUGGGUGGAGCUGCCGGAGGGUGCCUGCCAGGCCUCCACCUGGGGCGUGCUGGGCGCGGCGCUGCCCCUCCUGGCCUCGGACCUGGCCGCCAGCACGUACGUCGUGGUGGUGGACUCUGGUACCGCCGGCCCCUUCCUGCCUGCCCACCUCCGGGCCCACCUGCACUGGACGGAGCCGCUGCUUGCGCGGCUGAGCGAGCGGGUGAGGAUGGUGGGCCCCGCCAUCAGCUGCGAGGGAACCCCGCGCGGCGGAGAUGUGGCGGGGGACUGGCGCCGGCAGCCCCACCUCCCGGCGCACGCCUGGGCCACCGACGCGCAGGGCUGGGCGCUGCUCAGCCGCCCCCAGGCCGGGGUCAUGGCCUGCCACGCCGACCCCUGGGACGUGCGCUGGCACUCCGACCUCGGCGCGGCUGCGGCACUCUUCGACGCGGGGCACACCAUCGACUGCCUCAUGCCGCGCUACCAGGGCGUGGACUGGCGGGACGAGCGCAACUGGGCCUGCAAUGAUCGGUUGCCGCCAGACCGCCAGCGGUCGAACGACGGGCUCUCCGUGACGCCCUACGAAGUGAUGUUCUGGCCCUUCUCGCUGGCCCAGGCGGAGAGCUAUGUGGACCCCGACAUCACCAGCAAUGAGUAUCUGGGCAGGGCGGUGGGGAAGCUGCAGGUCCUGGAGCUGGAGUGGAGCGUCCGCGGCGAGCUGGCGCUGCCCCUCCAGACCACGAUGGGAGGGUUAGUCGGGGACCCCUGCUUUGACCACGACUCCUACGCGGCUGACCCUGCGCUGGCAGCCCUGCGCUCCUCCUGCUUCAUGGGCGCCUGCGGCUUCUCCAUGUUCGACCACUACAUGCUGCACUACCGCGCCGCCGCGCACGGCGAGCUGGACCUCCUGCCCGACGCGGCGGCGCUCUGGCGCCACUACGUUGUGCAUGGUCAGCACGAGGGCCGGCCCGUGCGCUGGCUGUGCGGCGGGGCCAUGCCGGAGCCGCGCCGCGGCGCGGACAACGCCACGGCCGCUGCGCUGCAGGCCGAGCGGCGGAAGGCGCUGGACGCCCUGCCCCUGGCCAUCAGGGGCGGGCGGGGGCUAAGCGCGGGGGCCGUGGCGGUGGAGGACGGCGCCGCUGCACAGGCCGGGGCCGGGGGAGGGGCGGCGGCUGUCGUGGAUGCGGCGGCGGCGGGGGGCGCGGCGGCGGCGGCCAGGAAGGCUGCGGCUGCUGCAGCCGGGAACGCGGCUGGCAACGCGGCGAUCGGCAUGGCGGCCGCCGAGGAUGCGGCGGCCGCGGACGGGAUGGCGGCUGCAAAUACCAAGGCGGCCGCCGGCACCCAGGCGGCUGCAGGGGGUGACGCAGUCGGCAAGAGCGCAGAGGCUGCCACCAGCGUCGCGGUUGCUGGCAAUGAGGCGGUCGCUACCAAAGGAGCAGCCGGAGCAGCCGCAUCGGGGAGACUGCUCGACACACGCCGGCAAUGA